AUGCCUCGUAAGAAACCUCCCGGUGCCGUUAAGAAGACGCCUGCCUCAAAGGCAGCGAAGGCUGCGGCCCCCCCCGACGAUUUGGAGGGCGGCGCAGCAUCGGACGCCGUAGCCUCUGAUGCCGGCCCCGCUAGUUCGCCCCCUGUCGGCCGCGACGCCCCCGUCAAGCCUAGCACUCUUGAGAAAGUCAGGAAGUACUUGUCGAAGGAGACGAUGAACAAAAAGGGCGCCGCCACAUUUGUCUUUAUUAGUGUGGUCGAGAGCGCCAACACGCUGCCAGCAUAA